AUGUUGAAAACCAGUAUUUGUCUAUUAAUUUGGGGCUUGUCGCUAGUUUUAGCAGCCACCGAACGUAAUGGAUAUGCACCAUACACCGCAGAAUGCCCUGCGUUAGCAAAAGGGACAUUUUUAAGAGAAGGAAAUUCAAUCUCAGACCAAGAAGCUGAUUGGUUGAAGAAGAGAAAAGUUAAAACUAAACAAGCAUUAUCAGAUUUCCUUAAGAGUGCCAAUAUGACCAAUCUCGACGUUGAUAAAUUUUUGGAAGAUUCUGAAGAUGGGGUAAAUCUCGGAUUAGCAUUUUCCGGAGGUGGAUAUCGAGCAAUGUUAAACGGAGCUGGUUCUUUAUUAGCAUUAGAUAGCAGAACUUCAUUUGAAGGAAAUUUUGGUGGGAUUUUACAAAGUGCAAAUUACAUUGGUGGUUUGUCUGGGUCUAGUUGGCUCGUGAGUUCGCUUGCAUUACAGAACUGGACCACAGUUGAAGAAAUUGUGUUUGAUGGAACAAACCAAAUUCUUUGGAAUCUCAAUGAAACUCAACAAGUAGUCAGGCAAGAGGGGUUAUGGACUAUUGUAUUCCCAGUACUUUUUAAGAAUUUAAAUGGGGUGUUAGCUUAUUUAAAAUUUUGGGAUAAUGAUAAAAAUGGGAUUAAAUUUGAUCUUGAAAAGAAAGAAGCUGCUGGGUUUCCAACUUCGGUAACUGAUCCUUGGGGUAGGGCUUCAGCCCAUCAAUUAUUUCCUAGCGAUGAUAAUUAUUAUAGUUCUGCUACUUGGAGUGAUAUUAGAAACAUGGAAGCCUUUGCUAAUCAAGAUAUGCCUUUCCCAUUUAUUACAGCACUAGGAAGAAAACCAGGUACCGUGGUAUACAAUUUAAAUUCAACUGUUGUCGAAAUGAAUCCGUUUGAAUUUGGAUCUUUUGAUCCAUCAUUGAAUAGUUUUACAGAUAUUAUGUACUUGGGAACAAAUGUCAGCAAUGGGAAACCUCUUGGAGAAUGUGUCAAGGGAUUUGACAAUGCUGCCUUUGCAAUGGGAACUUCAGCUUCUUUGUUCAAUAUGUUUUUAAAUACCCUUGUUUGUGAUGAAUGUGAUUCGUUAAAUGGUAUUGUCAAGUGGGUCUUGAAGAGGUUCCUUGAUGGCUUAUCAAGUACUUAUGAAGAUAUCGCCCUAUAUAAACCUAAUCCAUUUUAUGAAUCAGAGUUUACUAAGUCAGAUAAUAUUUCGGCAAGUGAUACCUUAUAUUUAAUGGAUGGAGGUCUUGCUGGGGAAGUGAUUCCACUUUCGACCUUAAUGAUCAAAGAAAGAAAGAUGGAUGUUGUGUUUGCUUUUGACAAUUCCAAUGACAAUGCAAUCAAUUGGCCAGAUGGAAUAGCCUUAGUUUCUAGUUAUGAACGUCAAUUUUCUGAACAAGGUAAUUCCGUUGUCUGUCCAUAUGUUCCUGACACUCAAACUUUCCUUGAGAAAAACCUUACUGCUAAACCCACAUUCUUUGGAUGCGAUGCUAAGAAUUUGACUGCUUUGACUAAGGAUGGAGUUAUUCCACCUUUAUUGGUUUAUUUCCCCAAUAGACCUUAUGAAUAUUAUUCUAAUGUAAGUACUUACAGAUUGUCAUAUUCAGAUGAAGAAAGGAAAGGAUUAAUCAAGAAUGGAUUUGAAGUUGCCACUAGGUUGAACGGAACAAUUGAUCCCGAGUUUAAAGCAUGUCUUGGAUGUGCGAUGAUAAGAAGAGAAGAAGAAAGGAGAGAUAUCGAACAGUCAGAACAAUGUAAGCAAUGUUUUGAAAGAUAUUGUUGGGAUGGUUCCCUUGCCGAAGGAGAAGUUACCGUGAAGGUCAACUUUACUGCUGACGGAUUAACCAAUGAUGACACAGUGUUCUAUGGAAGUGGUCCUUCUGUUGUUUCUGAACAACUGUUAAUAUCAUUCCCACGUAGGGACGAGGAGUCAACUAGUUUCAGUGCACGUUUAGAACCUAAUAUUAGUUGGACUAUCUGGCUCGCUUUGUUGAGUGUUGGUAUUUAUUUUCAAUAA